UGCUUUUGAUGGUUGGUUGGAGUUCGGUAAUUCGUUGCUGAGCUUGCUCGUCUGGAUCCAAUUCGCGGGGAAUAGUAUGUUUGUGGCGUCUUUGAGUGCUGAGUCUCUGUUUUAAAAUGCUUGGCAAACACGGGGAGAGAAAAUGGUGAUUGCAUGUGGGGGCUUCAUCAGUGUCGUCUAGGAUUCCUAUUGCUCGAUUCCGGGGUUUGACAUCUUUGCUUUGUGGUUCACAAGUUCGUGUCGGUGGGAGGAUUGCUAAGUGCCAACCCAAAGUUGGAGGUGACAUGUAGAAUGGGUGGGAUUUGAGUGGGAUGUGGACUUUCCGCAUGGUUCUCGGAACGAUCGUUUGAAAUUCUUCGGAAGGAGUUUUGUGUGAGAUUGCCAGUGUGCAUCUGUUUGGAGCAGAGAUGUGAGCUGCAAGUGCAAGAGGGUUUAUGCUGCUGAAACGGCUCGUUAUGAGAAGGUCCUAGGAGGUCUUAUAUUGCGAGGGUAAACUUCUGACAACAGUUCCAGAGCAUAGCAAGCUGCUUUCGCGUUGAGCUGCAUCUUCAUUAUGAGAAUGGGCAAUGGCUCCCCGAAGGUGAAUGGAAACCUGGUGAAGCCGUCUGAGUCAACCCCUCUUCUCCCUCAUGGGAACGUGCAUCACCGGGCUCUCUCCUCCUCAUGCAAGACUUUCUUCAACAUCGUGAUUACGGUAGUGGGAGCUGGGGUAUUAGGACUACCUUAUGCUUUCAAGCAGUCAGGAUGGCUCCAGGGAUUGCUCAUCCUGGCAGGAACCUCCGCAGCAAUGUACUACUGCAUGAUGCUUCUCGUGUGGUGCCGACGGCAUCUUGAGAGAGAGGGGAUCGUUGGCAGUGUCGACACGUACAGUGAGCUUGGGUACCACACUCUUGGAGCGGCUGGACAAUUCGCGGUGGACGCUAUGAUUGUGCUUAGCCAGGGAGGGUUUUGCGUUGCAUAUCUCAUCUUCAUCGGCGAGAAUUUGGCCUCAGUGUUCGCUAGGGAAAACUCUCUUACUUCGCCGCUGCUGAGUUCGCAUGACGACCCCACUAGAGCUCUUGCAAGUGUCUCGGGAAUGGGUUUUCCAAGACUGGAUUGGAAGAAGAAAGAAGUUUAUGUAUGGAUUGUCUUACCUUUGCAGGUACUUCUGGCGUUUAUCCGCUCGCUCACCCACCUCGCUCCGUUCAGCAUGUUCGCCGACAUUGUCAAUGUAGCUGCCAUGGGAGUGGUAAUGACUACCGAGUUCGCAGCCAUCGUGACAGGCUCUGGUGAGCACGUCGUAGCGUUCACAGGGCUGAAGAACCUCCUAUUCGCUAUAGGAGUGGCCAUUUAUGCUGUUGAAGGCAUCAGCCUGGUGCUUCCUUUGGAAUCGGAAUACCAGGAACGGCCUAAAUUCGCGCGCAUCCUAGCUGCCGCAAUGUGCUUCAUCACGUUUCUGUACACCGUGUUCGCUCUUCUCGGCUACCUCGCAUUUGGCGACUACACCAAAGAUAUCUUCACCCUUAACCUCGGAAAUUCAUGGCAGACUGUGGUUGUAAAAUUGUGCCUUUGUACGGGCCUGGUCUUCACAUAUCCCAUGAUGAUGCACCCGGUUUACGAAGUGGCAGAGCGCCGUCUUUCUUUGCGGGGCAGUUCAAGUCAGGUACUUCGGACUCUCAUUGUGCUAUGCACUGCGUGGAUUGCAGUUUCAGUGCCGCACUUUGGCAGCUUCCUAUCACUCGUGGGGAGUAGCGUCUGCUGCUUGCUUUCGUUUGUGUUGCCGGGGUGGAUGCACCUCCGAGUGUUUGGAGAUUCAUUGUCGCUGGUGUCUCGGAGCCUCGACUGGUUACUUAUAGUGGGUGGAGUCGUGUUUGGAAUCCUCGGCACUAUGUCUUCUAUCAACGAUAUCAGAUGGUGAUCACUGAUUGCUUGUGAAUGGUGCGGUGUGGCUUAUAAAAUAUUUCACCUCAAUGUACGGAGGCUUCUAUUCUCGGCGAUGUGGGAGAAAUCUAAGGAAGGACUUGGCCAAUUUCGUCACUGGAGGUGCCUUUUGGUCAGAUCAUAAAACUUUUAAAUACUUUCAAUUGUUGUUGCGGCAUUCAUUGCUACAAAUGAAACAGGUAUUUAGGAAACCUGUAUACAAUCUUUGCUCAAAGGAGUUGAAGAUUCGUUGCACAUCAGUUCCUAUGACAGCUUACCAACUGAAAUGUGAACUGCUCAAGCUUAGUAUUUGAGUAUCUUAAGAUGUUGGAGAUCUUCUAUUCUGCGAAUUGUAUAUCAGAAAGUGAAAUUCCAGUAUAAUCGUCAUCAAUUCUUUAUGUGUAGGAACUUACUUUACACCAGCUGCAAAAAUGUGGCGGCUGAAGAGUAGCGUUCAUUUUAUCGCAAAUGCCGUCGGGUCUACCCGGCAGUGGUUAAAGUAGAUCAGAUAGGAUACCAAGUUGAUGAGCACCUACCGAAAAGGCUCACUUCAUCGAUGAUUUUUAGGUAUAUUUUCAUAGAAAGAAGCACCUGCUUCAAGCUUCCAGAUCAGAAAGAUAGUCUCAGAUUAUUCAUGUUUCCACUGAUAACCUGAGUGUUCAGAAACAAUUUCUCGACCAGGGGAUAUCACUCGAGAAAAAAGGAUUUACAAUGAAACAAUAGUCACAUUGCACAAGACA